UCUUGCGCCCGGCGCACUGGCGCGGGGUUCGCGUCCCGGGGCCUCGGUGCGGGCGGGCGCGCAGGCGGGGCGAUGCCCGAGGGGCGCCAUGGAUCCUUGGCAGGGCUGUUUCUUCAACGGACACCGCCCCCGCCCUGGCCACCGCUAUGAGCACAGCAAGGCCAGACAGCAGCAGCCGUGGCAGGAAUCGCGCACCGAUAGCUUCCGGCUCCAGCAAAUAGAGUUUCUCAAGGGGCGGCUCUCAGAAGUGCCCCUGACUGGAACGUGGGCACCGUCCCUGCCACCACCAGUAGUGCCCCCAGGACUCUGGCCCAGGUUUCCGGGACCACCUGUUAGAGCCAGGCAGCCUGAGAUCUGGGGGGUCUGCAGCCGCGUGCCUCUCAGAGGUCAGGGGCCGCAGGCAGUGCCCCAGCUUCCCCUGCCAGGUGGCAGGGGCCUGACGUGGAGAGGUGCUGACCGGCUCUCCUCCCGCUUCCAGGGACUGAGCAUCAGUCAGGGCCAGGAGGAAAGGAUCUUAGAGUUCCUAAAGGAGCUCGGGGAAGGGAAGGACACCACAGCGCGGGAGCUGGCCAGGAAGCUCAGGGUCCCCAAGAAAGAGGUCAAUCAAGCUUUGUACUCCCUGGCAAAGAAGGGUCAGCUGCACAGGAAGCAGGGCACACCCCCUUUGUGGAGCGCUGCGGCCUCCGUUCCGGCCCGGAGCCAGCCCGGCACCCUUGCACAGCCCGACACCCUUGCACAGCCCGACACCCUUGCACAGCCCGGCACCCUUGCACAGCCCGGCACCCUUGCACAGCCCGACCUUCAGAGCCAGGGAGCCCCAAGCCCAGAGCCCAACUCGGAAUCUGAAGAGAGUCACCCCACAUCUGACUCAGAAGAUCCUCCCGAGCCUUUGGACAUGGCUGAGAUCAAGGAGAAGAUCUGCGACUACCUGUUCAACGUGACUAACUGCUCCGCCCUGAGUCUGGCUAAAAACAUCGGCUUCACCAGAGCCCGAGAUGUGAACGCAGUGCUGUGCGACAUGGAAAAGCAGGGCGACGUCUACCGGCAAGGGGCCAUCCCCACCUGGUACCUGACGGACAAGAAGCGAGAGAGGAUGCAGAUCAAGAGGAGCACACAGAGUGCUCCCGCGGCCACCCAGGGUGCUGUCCCCGCCACCAGCAGGAACACGGCAUUCCCCACCUAUCACCCGCCCCCAUCCAACGCCCCAAACAAUACGAUGCCCACAGAAAAGGCGGAGAAUGGGCAGGACCCGCUCAUAAGGUUAGAAAGUAGACAGGAGCCCAGACCAGGGUUCAUGAAACUGAGGCCCCCUGUUUAUCACAAUGGCCCCUCAAAAGCAGGGUAUGUGGACUUUGAAAAUGGCCAGUGGGCCACAGAUGACAUCCCGGAUGACCUGAACAGCAUCCACGCGGCCCCGGGGGAGUUCCGAGCCAUCAUGGAGAUGCCCUCCUUCUACAGCCACGGCUUGCCCCGGUGCUCGCCCUACAAGAAGCUGACCGAGUGCCAGCUGAAGAACCCCGUCAGCGGGCUGCUGGAGUACGCGCAGUUCGCCAGCCAGACCUGCGAGUUCCACCUCAUCGAGCAGAGCGGGCCCCCCCACGAGCCCCGGUUUAAGUUCCAGGUUGUCAUCAGUGGCCGAGAGUUCCCCCCRGCAGAAGCCGGCAGCAAGAAGGUGGCCAAGCAGGAUGCAGCUCUGAAAGCCAUGACGAUCCUACUUCGGGAGGCCAAAGCCAAGGACAGUGGGAAGCCAGAGGACUUGUCCUGCUAUUCCACAGAAAAGGAGUCAGAGGAGGCAGCGGAGCCCCAGCCCACCGCCACCUCAACGUCGUCCCUGUUUUCUGGGAAGAGCCCCGUCACUACCUUGCUGGAGUGUAUGCACAAACUGGGCAACUCCUGUGAAUUCCGGCUCCUGUCCAAAGAAGGCCCUGCCCACGACCCCAAGUUCCAGUACUGUGUGGCGGUGGGAGCGCAGACCUUCCCUACCGUGAGUGCCCCCAGCAAGAAGGUGGCCAAGCAGAUGGCCGCAGAGGAGGCCAUGAAGGCCCUGCACGAGGAGGCCGCCAACUCGGUUGAUGACCAGUCUGGAGGUGCCAACCCAGAAUCACUUGACAACCUGGACUCUGGGAUGCCCAACAGGAUCAGGAGGAUCGGUGAGCUCGUCAGAUACCUGAACACCAACCCCGUGGGCGGCCUGUURGAGUACGCCCGCUCCCAUGGCUUUGCUGCGGAGUUCAAGUUGGUGGACCAGUCCGGACCCCCUCAUGAGCCCAAGUUCAUUUACCAAGCGAAAGUCGGGGGCCGCUGGUUCCCAGCCGUCUGCGCGCACAGCAAGAAGCAAGGCAAGCAGGAAGCCGCCGAUGCGGCCCUCCGAGUCCUGAUUGGGGAGAGCGAGAAGGCGGAGCGCAUGGGUUUCACAGAGGUAACCCCAGUGACAGGGGCCAGUCUCAGAAGAACUAUGCUCCUCCUCUCCAGGUCCCCAGAAGCGCAGCCAAAGACACUUCCUCUCACUGGCAGUACCUUCCACGACCAGAUAGCGAUGCUGAGCCACCGGUGCUUCAACGCCCUCACAAACAGUUUCCAGCCCUCCCUGCUCGGCCGCAAGAUCCUAGCCGCCAUCAUUAUGAAGAAAGACCCUGAGGACAUGGGUGUSGUGGUCAGCUUGGGGACAGGGAAUCGCUGUGUGAAAGGAGACUCCCUCAGCCUCAAGGGAGAGACCGUCAACGACUGUCACGCGGAGAUCAUCUCCCGGAGAGGCUUCAUCAGGUUCCUCUACAGUGAGUUGAUGAAAUACAACCCCCAGACGGCGAAGGACAGUAUAUUUGAGCUUGCCCGGGGAGGAGAGAAGCUCCAGAUAAAAAAGACUGUUUCGUUCCACCUGUACAUCAGCACCGCCCCGUGUGGAGACGGCGCCCUCUUCGACAAGUCCUGCAGUGACCGCGCCCUGGAGAGCACAGACUCCCGCCACUACCCUGUCUUUGAGAAUCCCAAACAAGGCAAGCUGCGCACCAAGGUGGAGAAUGGGGAAGGCACGAUCCCUGUGGAGUCCAGUGACAUUGUACCUACGUGGGAUGGCAUCCGGCUUGGGGAGAGACUCCGCACCAUGUCCUGUAGUGACAAAAUCCUACGCUGGAACGUGCUGGGCCUGCAAGGGGCACUGCUGACCCACUUCCUACACCCUGUGUAUCUCAAAUCUGUCACACUGGGGUACCUUUUCAGCCAAGGACAUCUGACCCGGGCUAUCUGCUGUCGUGUGACAAGAGACGGGAGUGCGUUUGAGGCUGGAUUACGAUACCCCUUUAUCGUCAACCACCCGAAGGUCGGCCGAGUCAGCGUCUAUGACUCCAAGAGGCAAUCCGGGAAGACGAAGGAGACGAGCGUCAACUGGUGUCUGGCUGACGGCUUCGACCUGGAGAUCCUGGAUGGCACCAGGGGCACCGUGGACGGGCCACGGAACGAAUUGUCGCGGGUAUCGAAAAAGAACAUUUUUCUUCAGUUUAAGAAGCUGUGCUCCUUCCGGUACCGCAGGGACUUGCUGAAGCUCUCCUACGGCGAGGCCAAGAAGGCCGCCCGAGACUACGAGAUAAACAAGAACUACUUCAAAAAGAGCCUCGAGGACAUGGGCUACGGGAACUGGAUAAGCAAACCCCAGGAGGAGAAGAACUUCUACCUGUGCCCCGUACCCAACGACUGAGCCCGGGGCUGGCGGGGAGGGGGGGUCCUGGCAUUCCCAUCACGUUGGCCGAGGGGGGUAACCCCCACCUUUUUUUUUUUUAAUGGAACCAUAAUUAGAGACACUGAGGACUGUGGGUUCCCUUUAUCCUGCUUUCUUUGGGGUUUCUAGGCAGAAUCUGGCCGGGCCCCUUCUCUCACUUCACGUGAGAGGCCGAGACCCACAGGCAGAGAAAGGGUCGACCUUUCCACCCCSAGCAGAAGCAGCCACCCCGCCCCUGUGGCCCACCUCCUCCCGAGCUCUUUUCCCCCUUUCCUUUUCGUGGGUGUUUCUACACUGACCCCUCGUGGACCUGAUCAGGUUCMGGUCAGUUCUCUGUGAACCGUGUCAGGGACCAAGGAUCUCGGUUAUGGGUCCCACAGGUCCCUCUGUUCCCCACCCCCGGCUUCGAGAUUCCUACCUGAGAUCACYGAGUUUCUCCUCCCACCCCGGAGGGUAAAGAGGUGGACCUUAGGAGUUAGGUGAAGUAUUUACAAGGGCAGGAGUUGAAGACUAGGGUGAUUGACUUCCRGUGCCAAUGGAAGUGGGAUUGGAACCUGCACCGUAGCCAGGARAAAGCCGCUGCUCUCGAAGUGCAUCCCUUCCCGGGGCAGCAGGAAGUUGAGAACCAGCAGACCGGCUGGGAAGUUACCCACACCGUAGGCGGUCCCCCCUGCAGAGUGACACAGACCACUACCAGGGGCACAGACAGUCGUUCCUUGGGCUAUUGCCCAUCGCCCAUCUGCCCAUAAGCCCAUAGACCCCAGUAAACUAGUGUGAAAAACUUCAGGACAAUUCUUAGAGGGUAAAUCGUCUGCUCAGAGAGUUAGGACUUAGCAAGAAUAGAGCAAAAAUCAUGUCUGGACAAAUCAUUGUUCUGUGCAGUACGAUAUUUCUCAGCACUGAUCCAAGGGGAGUUGAGGAAACCCAGUAGAAUUAGGGCUCUUUUAAGGAAUGCCAGAGUCAUUGGUUCUCAAGUGCAGUGGCACAGAUUUAAAAUGCAGACGGCCUUUUCCAUCCAUCCCAGGGCCACGUCUUGUCAGAUGGCUCUGGGACGGGCCGAGCCAGUGCCCGCAGAUGAUUUCCCACACCCUGCCUCCCACCCACAAACUGCUGACUGGUCCCCCACCUGGUCUGCCCACCUCUUCAGUAGUGGAUAUGUCUGUGUUGGCACUUUGAUCUCUCUGGCUACUUUCUGUACCUGUGACCAAAAACUGAACAAAAUACCAAUGCAGGUUUUUAAAAAGACACUAAGGAUGUCUGUGUGGGACACCGAAGCAUCCCAAGGGAACUGGUGGGGAAACGGGGCCUGUCUCUGGGGGGGAAGGGGCUGGGGCUUUGUGAAUAUUGCCAAGCUUGGAGUGUGACAGUGCUCACUGUGUGGGGGCAGGUCCUCCCGGCUGGAGGAUGRUACCUACCCGUUCCUCAGGAUGUCUGGCAGCUUGGGUCUGCCUUGGGCAUUAGAGUCUCUGGCAGAGAUCUGACUCCGAGGUCCCCCACCCCAUCACUGGGAGCCCAGGGGCUCUCAAGAGAUCAGAGCCCCACUCGCCCCAGGAUCUUGUCUAGCAAACUUGUCACAUUCAGUUUCUGCUGUAAGAAGAAAGCCAGAAGCACCCCUGCCCUCCACCCCCUGCUGGAAUUGAGCCGUGUCAGGCCCCGCCCCCGGAGUCACACCGUGGGUCACACCCACCGUGGGCAGAGCGUCCCCGUGUUCACUUCUGUCCGAUCUUUGUUUUCAUAAGCAAGACCCCUCCCUCCUUUCUUUAAUGGUUUUUGUAGUUGAUUUGUCUGAACUGUGGCUAUUGUGCAUUAUCUUUGAAUAAUCACUUGUAAAACUCGUUGAUGCUUGAAGCUAUUUCCUYUACCCAAGUUGAAAGGACUCUGUUGGCUUUGGGGUCUUGACAGCGACUCCAAGAGCAGAGUGGGGAAGAGCCCAGGCCGAGCCUGGUGCCGGGCGGCUGCAGUCCAGUUUCAUGAUUCUGCUUUGUGUCUACCUUCAAGUGACUCACAGUAUACAUU